AUGAAAGCGGAGGGAGGGGACGGGAAGUUCGCAGCAGACACCGCAAACAGGGGGGUAAUUAAAGAAGAAAGCAACAACCGCCUCCCUCCCUCCUCCCGCGGCCCCGGCCGCCUCCCCCGCCACCCCCGGGGACCCCUCGUGUCCCCACCCCCUCCAGGCGCCCCCUCCCCUGUUGGGGACACGCAGGUGGCCGCCCUGUCCUGCUGCCACCCCCCGGGACCCCCGGACGUGUCCCCCACCAAGGGGCUCCGGCAGGGACAAACCCCGGUGACAGCACCGCGCCCGCCGGAGCCACUUAAUCACCGGCGCGUCGUGUCCCCGUUCCCAGCGCUGCGCCCGCCCGGCGGCCCCGCAGCCCCGGGGACCCCGGUGCGCACGGGGGGGUCCCGGAGCCCCCAAUCCCCCGGGAAAAGGCGGCGGCGGGGCCGGGCCGGGCGGGCAGCGCCGCGAUCGCGGCCGGCGCGUGGGAGCCCCGGAGAGCCCGGGGAGAGCCCGGAGAGCCCGGGGAGAGCCCGAGGAGAGCCCGCAGAGCCCGGCCCGGCCCGGGGAGGGAGCAGCGAGCUCCGCCCUGGCCCCGGGGAAAGCUCGGCCGGUUUUCAUCGCCCCGGCACGGAGCGGCCGCCGCCGCCAAUGCCAACGAAACGCGGCUGCCCGGUGCGCUGA